ACGACCCUCAAACCCACCACAACACCCAAACCUACCACCACCACCACCACCACCACCACCACCACCUCCAAACCUACUACCACCACUACGACUUCCAAACCUACCACCACCACAACCACCACCACUACCACCACCACUCCCAAACCUCCCCCGAAAACCACCACUAGCACUACCAAAAACACAGAUGAGUUCGAUGCUGCAUCCAUGCAAGACGGGGACACAGAGACACCGGACCCGUGGUGGAUGAGGGUCAACUUGCAUCUGCGCAACAUGGAGAAACUGACGGCAGCGAUCGGAGAAGGACGAACGGAUAUCAGCCACGCCCGUUUACUUGAUGAGGAAGCCGACGCCAUGGAUGAACUGGUGGAUGAGGGCACGGACGAUCCCUACCUCGUGACGGAAGGAGAGGUGGACUACGAACUUUACCUGUCUGUAGAGAGCAGCUUGAAAAAUUCUUCCGAUCUCGUAGACGAACUGAUUGCUGAUGCUAAGGCUGACAAGGUGGAAAUUAUAGUCAUCCUCGUGCUGUUGUCCCUCUUCUUCGUCAUGGUGCUCACAGGCCUAAUAAUCGCUCUUAUUCGACCAUGGGCAAAGCGAUCAGGCUUGAGACCCAAACGCAGCCAAAAAGCCGAAGAUCACGCUGUGGCUAAGGAUGAGGGACGAACUUUUCCUGAUGCCAUCUUCGUUCAACACUCGCACGUCAAUAUGGAUCCCUACCGCCACCAUGACACCAAGAUCUAGCACAGCAGACGCCCCCCGGCAUGGUGUUGGAGAUGAAUGGUUGGAUGCAAUUCCAUGCUUCAGAGCCUUCUCAGUGUUAAGGAAGAAACGCUCCCUCCUUUUCCUCUUGAAUGGACGAUGGAGACGAAUUGAUCCAGCCUGUCAGAAUACAAAACAUGUAUUAUCAAUAUGUUCAACUGGAUACAUCACAUAAAUGUAAAUUCUAGAAGAUGCUUGGUGGCUUUAACAGAACACUGUAGGUGUAAGUAACAGUGUACCAGUUAAAUGCUUUCCUCCAAACAUGCAAAUUCACUUGAGGUAAAAAUGUGUAUCAUAUCAAUUUAGAUCCAUAAUCAAUUUAUUCAUUAUCAUCAUUAUUAUCAUUAUUAUUAUUAUUAUUAUUAUAAUUUUUUAAACUUAUUUUUUUGUGUAUAUUUUAUGUUAAUACAAUUAACAUUAUUAA